AUGAAUUCAUCAACAAAUCUUUAUAAUUAUUUAAUCAAUAAUUUUGAUAAAAAAGAUGAUGAUGAUAAUAAUAGUGACAAUGAUUUAUCUGCUGAUACAAAUACAAUAACAAUGACAAGUUCAACAAGUAGUGAUAGUGCCAUUGCAUCGGAUGAUAUCGAUGAUAUUGAUUUAAUCAAUGAUAAACAACAAUAUUCAUGGCCAGAUAUGUUUCAAGAAGCUCAAUCAGCACUCAUGAAUUUUUCACAAUCAUUUAAUUUAUUACAACAAUAUAAACAUCAAUCGAUUUAUGAUAAUGAAAUAGUCAUAUCAAAAUAUAAACAACCAUUACCAUGGAAAAAUUCAACCUAUUAUAAUCAUAUAUAUUCUGAUAAGGAUUAUGUUACACUUGUUCGUGAAUUAGCACAAUUACGUGAACAAUUAACUGAAAAAGAAGAUGAAGUAACAGAACUUAAAGCUGAACGAAAUAAUACACGUUUACUUCUGGAACAUUUAGAACAACUUGUUGCUCGACAUGAACGUUCAAUACGAACAACAGUUAUGCGUAGACAAGCUCAAGGUGUUUCAUCGGAAGUUGAAGUACUUAAAGCACUUAAAUCUUUAUUUGAACAUCAUAAAGCAUUAGAUGAAAAAGUACGAGAACGUCUAAAAAUUGAAAUUGAAAAAAAUAUACAACUUAAAGAUGAACUUGAACGAACAAAAACUGAAGUAAGAUUAUAG